ACGUCCACGAGCAAUAUCUCGUUCACCUCCGUGACGACAUCAGCGCGUUCGGGUGCAGCGAAUCUAAGUGAUCCACUGUUGAACAGCGGUGACGUUGAACCAAGGCUUUUCCCCAUGGUGAGCAUGGCCAUCAAGAAGGCGCGUCUUGUGACGACCUUCUCCGGUAACAUUCUGUACUCGUUGCUCUUCCUUUUAGCAUUCGUCCACUCUCAUAGUAUUUGACAUUUUCACACCUUGCGGCCGUGAAAUUCAUAGACAGUAGGACACCUCGGCAAAGCGAAGAUGUCGAAUCUUCCAUCCGAGCCCGAGUUCGAGCAAGCUUACAAGGAGCUGGCCUCCACCCUCGAGAACAGCACGCUGUUCGAGAAGAACCCGGAGUUUAAGAAGGCACUUCAAGUUGCAGCCAUCCCCGAGCGAGUGAUCCAAUUCCGCGUGACAUGGGAAAACGACAAGGGCGAAGUGCAGGUGAACCGGGGCUUCCGCGUCCAGUUUAACUCGGCCUUGGGACCAUACAAGGGCGGCCUGCGGUUCCAUCCUACCGUGAACCUCAGUGUUCUGAAGUUCCUUGGCUUUGAGCAGAUCUUCAAGAAUGCGCUUACUGGGCUUUCUAUGGGUGGUGGCAAGGGUGGUGCCGACUUCGAUCCCAAAGGCAAGUCGGACAACGAGAUUCGGAAGUUUUGCGUCUCCUUCAUGCGUGAGCUGAACAAGCACAUCGGUGCCGACACUGAUGUACCAGCGGGCGACAUUGGCGUGUCACCGCGCGAGAUUGGCUGGAUGUUCGGAGCUUACAGGGCGGAGAAGAACAAGUGGGAGGGUGUCCUCACCGGUAAGGGCGGCACCUGGGGUGGCAGCUUGAUCCGGCCGGAGGCCACUGGCUAUGGCGUUGUCUACUACGUGCAACAUAUGAUCAACUACGCCUCUGGCGGCAAGGAGUCCUUCAAGGGCAAGCGUGUUGCCAUCUCAGGGUCAGGCAACGUUGCGCAAUAUGCAGCUCUUAAGGCUAUCGAAUUGGGUGCGACCAUUAUCUCGCUCUCGGAUAGCAAGGGUGCUCUCAUCGCUACGGACGAGAAGGGCAUUACGCCCGACCUUGUCAAUGUUAUCGCGGAGCUCAAGGUGAAGCGGAAGCAGCUCACUGAGCUGGCGGAGAGCUCGGAGUACAAGCAGAAAUUCAAGUACAUCGACGGUGCGCGGCCAUGGGUGCAUUGCGACAAGGUCGAUGUGGCACUGCCGUGUGCGACGCAGAACGAAGUUUCAGGCGAAGAAGCGCAGAAGUUGAUCGAGUUGGGCGCGAAGUACAUCGCAGAAGGCUCAAACAUGGGCUGCACGCAAGAAGCCAUUGACACUUUCGAGAAGGUUCGGAAGGAGAAGAAGGGCGAGGCUAUAUGGUACGCGCCAGGUAAGGCAGCCAACGCUGGCGGUGUUGCGGUGUCCGGUCUGGAGAUGGCUCAAAACAGCCAGCGGUUGAAGUGGACUUCCGAGGAGGUCGAUGAUAAGCUGAAGGGCAUCAUGAAGAACUGCUUCGAGAACUGCCUGUCGACAGCGAAGGAGUAUGUGCCUCCUGCCGAGGGCGAGCUGCCAUCGCUGGUAGCAGGUGGUAAUAUCGCGGGCUUCAGCAAGGUUGCUGCUGCUAUGCGCGACCAGGGAGAUUGGUGGUAGGGCGACGGUUAGCGAUCGUAGAAAUGAACGUACUUGACGGCUACGAGCGAACAGUUGACUAAACAAUAUAGCCUGUUCGAGACAGGCAAGUGCCACUCUAGCCUCACAUGUCAGUGAGGCGCCGCCGUUAACGACCUUGACAAUCCCUUCUGCAAGUAGCUUCAUGCCGAGCCGGUUAUCAUGGCGCCGCACAACGUGUUGGCGUCGCGCGAUCAUCGAUGGCCGCUCCUUCGGGUAUUUCACCGUCUGCGCUAUAGCCUCUAUGGGAGAUUGCUCGCUCAAGGGUUUCAUGCGAAGAGCAUAGAGAAGGCUGAAAAGGGCGUAUGAUCAGCAUAGCGCAAUUUACCUUAGCUCUCUGCAGCAUACUCACGAUACUCACUGCGCACCGCAGAUCGGAUGGAAGUUGCUGCUUGGAA